AUGGAAAACGAUGAUGGCUGGCUGGCCAUCGACAAACUAGAGCACCUCCUUUUCUGCUUCUUCAUUUCCAUCGUCUUCUCCCUUCUUGCGUCCAAGGCCCGAUACGCAUUCAUCCGCCGCCGCAGCAUUUUGUUCGGAUCCAUCGUCUCCUUCGCUGCCGGAGUCGCCAAGGAGUUCGCCGACGAACUGGGCUUUUUUCAAUCAUCUGGAGCCUCCUUCAAGGACGCUGUCGCCGAUCUCGUCGGCAUUCUAGUCUCCGCCGUGGUGCUUUACUUGUAUAACGACAAGAUAUCAUUUCGCCGCGUCAGAUCCGACGAUCCGGAUCAUACCCGGGUGCUCGACUUGGUUCGUUUUCUGAAGCUUCGUGCAGCUAAUGCUUCUCAUGUGGGUCGACACCUUCAUUCACUUAAGUGCAUAGAAGGCAUGAGGUUGGUAGCUUAUGACGAGGUCGUCAAAAGAAAUGAACUAUCACUUCCAACUGGUACAUAAACUUGAAUCCGAUGUAUUGGCAAUGGUUAUACAUUUGGAAGAAGAGAAUGUUCAUAAACUUGAAGCAUGGAGGCCAAUUGGAGAAAGUGUUAUUGGUUUUAUCUUAUAACGAAGAAUCAAGCAAAUAGAAGUAGGGAUGGUAUUGGUGGAAGUAAAUGUCCGAUAUUUUUUUAAUCCAGUUAUUGAUAUUCUUUUAAUAGGAGGGACCACAUCCGAUUUUUUUUGGUGUUUUGCACAAUUAUUUGUGUCUUUUAGAUGAGACUAUAAAUAGGACUUUCUAAGCUCGAUUUUUACAGCUUUGGAUGAACCUUCUUCUGUAAGAAAACUUUGAGAGCUCUCUUCAUAUUGAUUUUGUGUUUAAGUGAUCCUUAUGCACUUGUAUCAAUCUCAAAUCGGGUCUUUGGUUAAUCCUUUGGUUCGUGGCUUCUCGAACCCUAUCGGAGUUUCUAGCCUAUUGUUUGAUUCUCGUUUGGUUUAGAGGUGUUGGGUCUUAGCCAAGAGCUUUGGUUCUCAUCCGAUCGAUUUUGAAUUGAAACUAGUGUUAUUGUUUAAUCGUGUUCUUGGGUUUGUUUUUAUUGAAUUAUGAUGGUUUUCAAUCCGAGAAAAUCCUUGUUCUUCUCCUUGGCUGUGUCAUACAAAUUUUGGUAAUCAGAGCUCGGCUCUUUGGAAUUCCUAUUUCGAAGUUUGAUCGAGUUUGUUCUUCAUUUCUUUGUCUGCGCCGAAAAUUGUUCGGAGUAAUUAUCAGUGUGUUUAUUGGAAUGAGCUGAAACUUGUACACAACCAUAUAAACACCUUUAAGUAUCUUGUGUUAAUUUGGAGCUCAUUUGGUUUACUAAUUAUUAUCUGCAAAUCAGUUUUGAAUUGUGUUAUGUAGAAAACUGUUUUGUGUGUUUCUCGAUCUGUGGUUGUCGGAUUGAUCUAAAAUUUGAACAUGUGAUCAUAUACAUCUUGAAGAUUGUUGUGUUAAAAAUUGAUCUGAUGUGGAAUUCAUUUGAUUAUCCGAUCAGCUUUGCAUAUUAGUUGGUGUAUUCUUGUUCACCUUAUUUUUUUGGUUACUUUUGGCAUUUGUCACUAGGGUAAUUCUACUGUCAGGUACCCCUCGUACAUGCCUCGUACAUGCAUAACAACAGGUAUGUCUCAAAUAAAUGCCAAGUGUCGCUAAUGAUUUGUGUAAAUACUAAAAUACCCUUACUUAAAAAAACUUUUAAUAAAUUUACAUAAAAGAUCUUUAAAUAUUUCAUUCUUAACAUUCACACUGUACAUAAUUACAUAUCUCAAUUAAACCACCGACUAUUCUAAAAUUACAUUUCAUUUUAUUUACUCAAAUUUCUCUUCUUCUUUUUUGUUCUCGACAGAGGAUUCAUUAUUUUCUCAUGCCCUAACUUCUACCCAUGUUAAACCUCUCGGACCGAUCGCCGAAGAAAAAUUUGAGUAACCCUCCAAUCGCCGCUCUCCCAGUUGAAUCUAACUGCCGUUAUAGCGAAUUCGGGCCCAACGUUGGGAUUUCUAGGCCGCCGUGGACGAGUUGGAAAUCGGCAGGAAGCUCUGGCGGGAGCUCGAGUUAGCCGCAAAAAUUGGCAACAAUCGGGUGUUCGGCAGGAAGGGGAGUACCAACAUGAACAACGGCCAUGAAGAUGGAGAUGAGCGGGUCAAAAUUCUCCGAUCUGACUGUAAUCCGGCGACCUCCGACCUUUCGCCGCCGGCUGAUGCUUUUCUCAGAGCCGCUGUCUCCCUCAAAGAUCAGGUCUCUUUUGACAUACUCUGCGCUGGCUGAUGAAUUGCUGUGAGUUUCCUAGUUCUUCUAGGUUGCGUAUUUGUGGGCCCAACCUUUGAUUGGAGCAUCUCAACAUUGAUGACUGCAUUGGGGUGCAGCAGAUCAAGCUGUGUGCCAGCAAUCUUGUUACAUUUGAGUUCCGGAGCCGUAAAGUACUGGUUGAGGUCAUAUUCGACCAUGUCCCUCGUCUGCAGAGCAUUUAUUAUGAUGGAUUUUAACGAGACAUUAUGUAUCACGUUCGUGUUAGGAUGUCCUUUGUAUUGCCUCCCAAUCAGCUCAAGUCGUUAACUUUGGAUACCGCAUAUGAUAUUUAUCAGGUUAGCACGCCUGGUCGGAUUAACACAUACAGUAAUCUUAGACAAUUAAGGUUACGGAUUUCUCGUACAGCCUACACGAGUAUGCUUCUGGGGAUAAUUCCAUUUUCGCAGAGUUGCCCACUCUUACUUGAGUUUCACUUGGAUACUGAAUUUGUGAAAGGUGAUGGCCCUAAAGCAAUGAGGCCACAGACAGCAGAAACUCAUUCCCAGUUGAAAAAAGUGGAAAUAACAGGAUUUUGUGGAUUUAGAAAUGAAAUCGACUUUGCACUUUACAUACUCGAAAAUGCAAUCUGUCUGGAGCAAAUGCAGAAAAGCCGGUGUCCCAAGUGGCACAUUGGGUUUGACAGGCCUCGGUGGAGUCAACAGACGCGGGAAAACAUCUACCAACAGUUGCAAGGCCGAGCGCUUUCAGAGACCGCACGCGUAAUUAUUCGACAUUCUCCAACAUAUGAUGAUACUUGGUCGAAACGCGAGACUGAUUAUGAUACUCAUUUUCUUUGAUUAAAAAGGUUAACUUUCAUAGUGCAAAUGUAGCAAAAUCCUAGAGGUGAGAUAGUCUAGCUUAUAGUAUUUCUUAGAAGAGGUAGUUGUGUUGUUUAACAUAUCAGUUAUGAAUCCUUUUUAUUUAAGGUUUUUGUUUAAAAUCCGAACACACGUCAUAU